UGUUACCCAAUCAAAUGUUAGUACGUUGUCUGAGUCUAGACCUUAAUGACGCACUGAUUUGUUUAUGUUUUUUAAAAUCCCUUCUUUUUUUCUUUUUGUUCCCGAAAGGAUGAGUGAAGUGAUUCAAGCUAUUUUUAUUAGAGAAAGUGAAGUACGAAGCACACCUAAACCUCAUGUCGUAUAUAAAGUAGAAGUUCAUGCAGCAGUUCGUAAUUGGGUAGUUUGGAAACGCUAUUCCGAGUUUUAUAAAUUGGAUUCCCAAUUCCGCACGAUAUUUCCAAAGCAGACAACGCCGGUGCGUCUACCUCCUAAAAGUUAUUUUCCAAGCACCUUUUCAGACCCAGAAAAGAUUGAAGAACGUAAGAGAGGAUUGGAAGCUUAUUUACGUAGCAUUCUAAGCUCGCGUGACGACCGUUGGCGUUUAACGGACGUCUGGAAGGACUUUUUGGCCAUCCCAAUAGGUCGAAACUUGGACUCUUCGACUCACUAUACCUCCGAGACAUGGCUCGACGAAUUCACCACCAUGUCUUCCACCGCUCGUGAAAUUAGGUCCCUGAUCAAUAAGAAGAGCACUCAUUUAGGGAGAAACGAAAUAUCCGCCUCGCAUAAUUGUACAGUACAAGCUAAAAAGCUCUUGAUGAAUCUAUCAGCCAGAAUAUCCAAUUUAGAAACAGGCUUAAACACCUUGGCUAGUUAUGAAGGUGGUAUGUCUGAGGGUGAACUAAGAAGACGACAGGAUAUGUUGACUUCUCUCAAGGACGAAAAGGAUGCUUUGAUGAAAUUGGCUAGUACGGGUAGACAGGAUCAGGAUUUACUUUACAAGACAACUAUAUCAGACACCAAAAAGAGCGUCAAUUUGGGUGAUCGAAAAUCCCUGUUUGGUGAUCAUAGUGGUUUCUAUGGAGCUACCGAUGAUAACUAUGGUUUCCCACAAACAACAGCAACAAUAACAGCUAAUGAACAGCCACAAAAGCAGAAUUUAUCCAAUAAUACUGGAAGAGCAUUUGGUGCAGCUGCUGUACAGAGAAAGAAAGAUCAGUUAGCUAAAGAGACAGAAGUAACGAGAGGUUUAGAUAAUGAAGGUCUUCUUUUAAAUCAACAGCAAAUUAUGGGUGAUCAAGACCAACAAGUACAACAAUUCGGUUCGAUCUUAGCUAGACAGAAACAAUUGGGCAUUACUAUUGGUCAUGAAUUGGAGACACAGAAUCAAAUAUUGGAUGAAUUGGAUGGAGAUGUAGGAAGAACUCAAACCAAAUUGAAGUUUGCUAAUAAAAAGCUUCAAAAGAUCAAAUAAUCUUUUUUAGUGGAGUUCUAAUUGGUUUUUUAUUUUUAUUUAUUUAUUUAUUUAUUUUUAUUUUUGUUUCCCUGUUCUUUUUC